AGACAGUAAUACAUCAUGGUUGAGCCAGCAAAGCCAGCACCCAAGAAGGGAUCCAAGAAAGCAGUGACAAAAGCUCCAGGAAAAGGAGGCAAGAAGCGCAGAAAGACCAGGAAGGAGAGCUAUGCCAUCUACGUGUACAAGGUGCUGAAGCAGGUCCACCCCGAUACCGGUAUCUCCUCCAAGGCGAUGGGCAUCAUGAACUCUUUCGUGAAUGACAUCUUCGAGCGCAUCGCUGGGGAGUCUUCCCGCCUGGCUCACUACAACAAGCGUUCCACCAUCACCUCCAGGGAGAUCCAGACCGCAGUGCGUCUGCUUCUGCCCGGUGAACUGGCCAAGCACGCCGUGUCUGAGGGAACCAAGGCCGUCACCAAAUACACCAGCUCCAAGUAG